GUCAUGGAAAGCUUGGAACAUGCAAUGAAAAGGGACGCAGUUAUAAUUGCUGAGUACCUUGGAGGAUCUAUAAACUGUGAUGCACAUCGCAUGACUGAACCUCGAUCCGACGGGCUUGGAUUUGCUUCCUGCAUCGAAAAAAGCUUAGAGGAUGCCGGAGUUUCCGCUGAAGAGGUAAAUUAUAUCAAUGCUCAUGCAGCAUCCACCGUCGCCGGAGAUUUAGCCGAGGUUCGUGCCAUUAAGAAAGUUUUCAGGAGCAUAUCCGAGAUUAAAAUGAACGCGACAAAGUCUAUGAUUGGGCAUUGCCUUGGAGCUUCUGGGGGCUUAGAAGCUAUCGCUACCAUCAAAGCCAUUAGCACGGGCUGGCUGCAUCCUACUCUUAACCAAGAUAAUUUGGAGCCUGAGGUGACAAUUGACACUGUUGCUAAAGUGAAGAAGCGUCAUGAAGUACACGUUGCUAUUUCGAAUUCAUUUGGCAUUGGGGGCCAUAAUUCAGUGGUUGUUUUUGGUCCCUUCAGCCAUUGAGAGAAGGCGUUGCUGAGUUGCACUUUUAUUUUCUUCUAUUGAAUUAACAAUGGCAAGGCUUCAUCAAAUUAUUAUGAGUGGACUUUAUAAAUUAACAUAUGUGUGUAAAUCAAACUCAUGGCAAGUUCAGUUCUGUAGAUAACAGCUUGUAGGAAUUUGAAGGCUCAUUGAAGCAUACUGUUAUUUUUCCAUAUGCUAAAGCUAAAUAUUACAUGAACCACGUUUCAUA